GCGUCGUCGGUCGGUGGUUAGAUGUUUAUUUGGUCGUUUUUGCGUUGUUUAGAUUACUUUUGCCAUGAAAAUAAACUAAAAGUGAAAUGUUUUGCUAAGAAAUUUUAAGAUUUUAUAGCAUUUUUUAAACAAUUAUAAUGGAAAUUUUAUUAAAUACCAAUUUUAUUUCAACAACAAAUGCAAAUUGAAAGUGUUUAUCUAAUGUUGCUUUUUAUAUGGUCCUUCGCCACUACCACUAGCGCCAAGACAUAUCAUCCGGAAGAUUUUAAUACCGUCCGUCAUCAUCAUCAGCAUUUAAGUCGACAGCCCAGACAGCAAAGAGAUUCCCUUAACGAGGAAAAAGGUUACUGUGCUCCUUACAAUGGAAAAAUUUGUAAACAUUUCAUAAAUCAUAAUGUGUGGUAUAGUCGUGAGGAUCCUUGGAAAAAUGAACAGAUUACCACUGCCUUGUGGGAGGAAUUAAUUGGUGACCUGACGGGUUUGUGUCGUGCAGCAGCAGAGAAACUUCUUUGUGCUUAUGCCUUUCCUAGUUGUUUAAUGGAAAAUGGUUUAACUAUUAAAUUGCCUCUCUGCUAUGAGGACUGCACUGCUAUUCAUUUACAAUACUGCUACAAUGAUUGGGUUCUAAUCGAGGAAAAGAAAGAACGUAAUAUUUAUAUUAAAAGUCGUGGUCAUUUUCGUCUACCCAACUGCUCAAUAUUGCCCAAAUACAAUAGUACUUUGAAGCGACCGAACUGUUCGUAUGUGGGCUUAACGGAAAUUAAAGAGGAUGAAGUUAGCUAUGACUGUCGCAAUGGUAACGGCCGUUACUAUUUGGGCACCAUGAAUGUUACAAAAUCGGGUAUACCCUGUCAGAGAUGGGACACACAACAUCCGCAUAAACAUAUACAACCUCCUCUAGUGUUUCCACAAAUCAAAAAUGGUGAAAAUUAUUGUCGCAAUGCUGGAGGAGAGGAACCCUUUCCCUGGUGUUAUACAGUAGAUGAAUCAGUGCGUUGGCAACAUUGUGAUAUACCCAUGUGUCCCGACUAUAUAGAUCAUUCACUGAAGGAUUUGGAUCCCAUACAAAUGGAAACUUUCUUUACACCCUAUGUUAUCUUCAUGUUGGCCGGAUUUGGUUUCAUAGCCAUUGUUGCUUUACAUCUUCUCGUCUUAUUAUUGUAUAAAAUUUCCAAAACUAAAGAAUACCAUCAGCAACAACAAUCCAAUCAGAAUCCCACUUCGGAAUGUAAUAUUUCAUCGAGGGGGGUAAAUGCCGUUAAUACUACACCCGGCAAUAAUAUGGACUGUAAUAAUCUUACAUCAAGUCGCGAAACUUUAGGUUCUCAUCAGACUAUGGCUCAUAAUAAAUUUGGUACUAUUAAAAGUACGGUUACAGUACACAAUGUUGUGGAGCCUCCGAAAACUGCUUUAAAUACAAAAUUGGAAAAAUUGGAAUACCCUCGUGGGGAUGUGGUCUAUGUGAGAUCUUUGGGUCAGGGAGCAUUUGGAAGAGUGUUUCAGGCCAAAGCCCCCGGUCUGGUGCCCGGUUACGAUGAUCUUAUGGUGGCAGUUAAAAUGCUCAAAGAUGAUGCCAGCGAUCAAAUGCAAAUGGAUUUUGAGAGAGAAGCUUGUCUGCUUGCCGAAUUCGAUCAUCCCAAUAUAGUCAAGCUAUUAGGAGUAUGUGCUCUGGGUCGGCCCAUGUGUUUACUCUUCGAAUUUAUGUCUCCCGGUGAUCUUAGUGAAUUUUUAAGAUCUUGUUCUCCUUAUGCCACUCACACACUGCAACAAAGAGAGACCCUGCAUGAGGGUCAUCUAUUACAUAUCGGAGCUCAGGUGGCAGCGGGUAUGGUUUAUUUAUCGGAACGUAAAUUUGUUCAUCGUGAUUUGGCCACCCGAAAUUGUUUGAUUAAUGAACAAAUGGUUGUAAAAAUUGCCGAUUUCGGUUUAUCGCAUAAAAUCUAUUUGCAGGACUAUUAUAAAGGAGAUGAAAAUGAUGUUAUACCCAUACGUUGGAUGCCCUUGGAAAGUAUAUUGUAUAAUAAGUUUUCCAUAGAAUCAGAUGUCUGGGCUUAUGGCAUUUGUUUAUGGGAAAUAUUCUCUUUCGCUUUACAACCCUAUUACGGAUUAACGCAUGAAGAAGUUAUUAAAUUCAUUAAAGAGGGCAAUGUUUUAAGUUGUCCCGAUAAUACACCCAUGUCGGUGUAUGCUCUCAUGCGUCGCUGCUGGAAUCGUAAGCCCAGUGAAAGACCCAGUUUUCAUGAAAUCAAUCAUUGUAUACAGCACAGUAUAGCGGAAUAUGAGUGUAAAACGGCAUUAGAUAUGGGAAAUUAAUUUAAGUUUUAUUUAAAAUAUCUAUUGAGAAAAUUAAUUUUCUUUUAAAUUUUGGUUCCUUAUUUUUAUUAUAAACAAAAAGCAGAAGAAACUUCCAUAGGAUGUAAUUUGUGGGGCGAUUUCAACGAAAAGCAACUAAAACAUCUUGUAAAAUAUACUGGCCAGAUAGUUUUAAACGACUCUCAUAUAUACAUAAUCAUUUAUGAAUCCAAAAAAAAAUAUUUACUCUUUAUACUCAAAAAUUUCAAAUCUUAACAUUUUUAAUUUUCAAAAUUUUAAAUUGAAAACCAUUUUAUGGCAACAUGUUUUUAAAUCUAAUUUUACAAUCUCGGUAACAAUAAAGUGUCUCUUUAAGAAUUGAAAUCAAACAAAUAAUAAUAAAUUAAUAAAAUACAAAAUAAAAACAACCAUUUUUUAUCACACUCUAAUGUUGUGAAAUUUACGAAACGAAAUGAAAAUAUCUGAAAAAAAGCAUUUACAAAAUUUACGAAAUAAUAUUUAACAAAAAC